AAAAGUACUCACUUCUCGAAACACUUCACAGGAAGUCAUCCAAAAUGCACAGGACGAUUGUACGAGCCUUACGCAAUAUAUGCCGUGAAGAGGGUGAGUUGCCUACAGACAAACCUAUAAUUCUGGAAUCAUAUGAGGAACAUGCUGAAGACCACAAUCAGGCCGAAAGUGUAGAAGUCCCAAGAAUCUUGCAAGAGGACCUAGAACGCAUAAAACCAAGCAAGCCACAGUCCAACCAUCGUCUAUUGUGGCUGGCCAUUGUCACGUGUUUGAUUUUUAUCACUGCCCUCCUUGUGGGUCUGCUGAUAUUGUCCAAGAAACUAAGUCAUGGGUGUGGAUGUUCAGAAGAAAGUGGGCAUCGACGCUUUAAAAGUCAACCACCCAGUGGGAUUUCGUCAGAGGAGAAUGGGACAAAUAUUUCUGAUUUGGUUAAAAGCAUCAACUCUGAUUUGAACUCUCUGUGGGCUGCAAUUGAUGGAACAAAGAGCGACCUGACCGCAAAAUUGAAUAGGACUGUAUCAUCGAUUGAAAACUUCAACUCUGAUUUGAACGAAAUGAAGGCGGCAGUGGAUGUAACAAAGAAAGACCUCGCCAAAUUGAAUACGACUAUAACAAAGGUUGAAAACCUCAACUCUGAUUUGAUUGAUGUGAAGGCUGCAUUCGAUGGAACGAAAAACGACUUUGCCAAACUGAACAGUACUAUUGUAACGGUUGAAAACCUCAACUCUGAUUUGAUUGAUGUGAAGGCUGCAUUCGAUGGAACGAAAAACGACCUUGCCAAACUGAACAGUACUAUUGUAACGGUGAAGAUCUCAUUGAUAUCAAUACAACGAAUAAUGUAG